AUGUUCGAAAUUUUGCCCCUUCUCCACCAUUUAUUUCACUUGCCAGCUCCUUCCCAUUCUGGCUGGAGCCUGGAGAGAGAGAGAGAGAGAGUCACGACGAUCUCAUAGACUCGUUGUAUGUGCCCCAAGAAAAUGGAGUGAGACGGAUGAUUCCCCUGAAUUGAGAAUUCUCAGGGUUCUUUUUUCCUGCUGGAGAAUUGUUUCCGCGUAAAAUCCACCAAAUGGGGGCAGAGAAGAACCCCUCGAACGCAACCUUGGAACUCGGUUGCGGUGGUGGCGAUGGGAACGCUAGUAACAAUACCCAAAUCAUGUUGAACGUCUACGACCUCACGCCCAUCAAUAAUUACACCGUGUGGUUCGGUUUUGGCAUCUUCCAUUCGGGUAUUGAAGUCCACGGAAUGGAGUAUGGAUUUGGAGCUCACGACUUCCCUGUUAGUGGAGUAUUUGAAGUGGAGCCUAAGAGCUGCCCGGGUUUUAUCUUCAGAUGUUCCAUCCCAUUGGGUCAUAUAAAAAUGCCUCCCUCUGCAUUCCGGACAUUUAUUGAGAGCGUGGCUUCCGAGUACCAUGGGGAUUCCUACCAUCUCAUUACUAAGAAUUGCAACCAUUUUACAGAUGACAUUGUGUUUAGAAUGACUGGAAAACAUAUCCCUGGCUGGGUGAAUCGGCUUGCUUGGCUAGGUAAUGUGUGCAGUUGCCUGCUUCCAGAAAGUCUCCAAGUAACCGCUGUUAAACAGCUACCUGAGUAUCAUGCAUGUACAGAAGAUGGGACGGAGUCUUUAUCAACCACCACCCACGAGCCGACAGAAAGCGACGAUGCAGAUCAAGAUAAGCUCCUUCUUUCGCCGUCUGCUGGUAACUCGGAAGUUUCUUUUGUUAAAGAGGUCCAAAGGUGAUAUCAAACUUCAUUCUUGAAAUCAAUCUCAUGGCGGGGUGUGCGGAAGAAAAUUCUUUCCUCACUGAUGUAUAUCUUCUGCUGUGUUCAUUGAACUCAUUGCUUGUAUGCAUUGUUGUUCGCUCGAUUUGCUGUAAUUCUUUUCCCGGUUUCUUCUUCCCCUUUCACUUUUCUGUUUGUCUAAUUUGACCUGUUAUUUUGGAUUGAAGAAUCGGGAGGUAGAUAGUAGGGUGGUGUGUUUUUUUUUUUGUUUUUUUCUUGUACAAAUACCAUGUACUAGUAUGUAUUAAGCUAUGAGCAAGUGAAAAUGACUUCAUUGAUCUU